ACAUAAGGCAAAUUACCAGCAGACUUGGUAAGAAGGAAUAAAACCAAGGAAUGAAACCGACAUCAGUGAUAGAAACGUUGGCCAUCGACAAAUAAACAGUCCGAGUUCACCUUCUCUCCAUCAUAGAUCAGAUGACGUCAAAUAUGUGCAUAACUUCUCACUGGACAGUAAAGAAAUGUGUGCAUAAUUAUCUGUGAAUAUCGAGUGAAAAAAAAGCAAUCUGUUGCCCUGGUAGAGGGUAAAGUUCGCUUAGGGACAGUUAGUAACCCAGAUCCAGGUCAAUAAAUGAAGACAUGUUUAUAUGACCAGUUGACUAGGAAUAAGAUAAUUACCAUGAAGAUCCGUAGAGCAGAUAAAGCCAUAGGUUCAUCCACCCUUGCCUGAGACCCUUGCAUAGCAAUAUCCCGGAACAAAGAAAAGGGGGAGGAGGGCAUUCAUUUAAAAAAAAAAAUUCGAACGAGACGAGUGCCUCGUCAGUCACAACCUAGCAACAAACAAACCGUUAUUCUUAAAUAGAAUCACGCGUAUCUUUGUUUUUGUCGUGGUAAUUAUAUGGGGGUCACGCAUGACGGGUAAGAGGCAUUGAACGUUGAAAGUUGGUUACUUAAAUUAAAGCGGCAGAGAUAUGCAGUUGAAAGUGCAACACGUAUGCGGAAUUAUUUGAUCAUGGACACGUUAAUGUACCUCCUGUGCAAAGGCGCAUGAUUAUAGGAAACAGCAUCAAAAUAUGUUGUCCUCGCUAUGCAGAGAGUGCUUAUCUAUGGUGAAUACGAAAGAUAACUCUAGAAGUUAAGAAAAUAAUGCUAGGUCAUUUAACCUAAUGAUAAGCAUGAGCUAUUGCUACAGAUGUUGCCAGUCAAACCAUCGUGUCUCGGACGCCUGAGGGGUGGUAUGAGCAGGAAUGCAGUCCUCAAAGUGAUUUGCAUCGGCUGCAUUGUUACUGGACUUGCCAACGUAAAUACCCUGUUUUCCAGUCUUUCGGUGACCAAAGAUACCCCAUUUGCAAGCAGAAAAUCAUUACACUUUCAAGUUGAAAGCGAUGAAACGAAGAUACUUCAACGUCGCAAGACAAGGGUAGAAAACCAAUGCGCAGCUGCAAAUAAACCGCUGCUUUCGGCGGAAAAUGCAGCAAUGUCUGUAAAAGGUGAGCAAGUGGAAGAAAGAGCAGCGGAACACAAAUAUCCCACUUGGAUAGUGAACGAUGAAGGAACAAGAGCGCUGUACUGUAUCGUACCAAAGACUGGCUCUACAAAUCUCCGCCGGAUUUUCGCGGAAGUUAAAAGUCGCAAGGAGAAAAAGACGGAACUUUUUGAUUGGUCAAAAAUGACACCAGUGAAAUCGUGGCAUUUCGGAUUCGAUUUUCUCAUGCAAAACAGCAAAAGCCGAAUCGCUGAGAUACUACAGAGACCGAACAGCAUUAAAAUUCUUAGUGUUCGUCAUCCAUUCGAAAGAUUAAUUUCUCUUUACAAAAUGAUAUUUGAAGGAAAUCGCUAUGAAAACAAAACAGAAACUUUUAUUCAAAAAGUGACUAAUGGAGUGUCCUCCUUGAUCAGACGAUAUUUAAACCGUCCUUAUGACAAAUUAAACAUCACAUUUCCGAUGUUUAUCGAGUAUAUAGUUUACCAUGGCAAAUGCGUAGAGGAAGGCAACUGUACAGUUAGCUGGUAUCAUGCGCACUGGAGUCCAAUAUGGCGGAUGUGUCGUGUCUGUUCCCUAGGCUAUGAUCUCAUAAUGAGAAUGGAGACUUUCGACCAGGAUCUGCCCGAAAUUUUCAGGCUUACGAAUAUUACAAAAUCAACCAUUUACCCUGAACAAUGGAAAAGGACCAGUAAAGGGUCAAUGAAGAAAUAUUUCUCACAGCUUUCCGAUAAGUUGAUCGAGGAUCUAAAAGAAAUGUAUAAAAUGGACUUUAAAUUGUUUGGCUACGACUAUUCUAAAUCAGACGUGUUUAUUGACUGAAUAGACUUGUGAUAAUCUUAAUGACCGUAAUGUUAAACGACAGACACAGUAAGAGUACAAGGGCAGGCCCCUUAUUUAUGCUACCCCUUUAAGCUUUUUUCCAUCUGCACGUUCCAAACAAAAUGAGAUAAGCGUGUCCCCUUUGUAAAAACUUGGAAGCUGGGGCAAAUGGUCGAUCGAAAUCUUUAAUUUAACUUUAAAAAAUUAAAGAAUUGCGUUUUGAGCGGAAUUCAUUGGUACUACUGAAAAGUGAUAACACAAUACAAAAAUGUGUGGGAUCGUCAAAAAAAAUGCCAAGAAACAGAAUGCGAUAGGUGUGACGAAAUAAGAAGUGGCGAAAAUGUGCUAGGUGCGACAAAAGAGCCAGUGCAGAGAUUCGGUGGAUGGGAAAGGCCUAACUUACCAUUAUUAGGUCUCCAUUACAUGUGUUGCACUUGUUAAUAUUAGUAAAAUAAUAAUGAUUAUUAUAAAAUUGGCAUUAAACUCGAUGUUCUAUCCGAAACUUUGCUUUGUGGUAAUACUUCCUUCAUUCCCUACGUCAUCAAAAUCCAUAAUAAAAAAUACAACAGAAACGUAUAUUGCCAUCAUGAGCUCUUGAAAUAAACGAACGUUACUUUGGA